AUGCCAGCCAUCGGCCCGCGUGGAGAAGGCGAUGAUCGCGACUACUUCGACUCGGAGAAGCCGAGCACAUCCGCAGCAGGUUCAGCAGGGGGCGCGCCUCUUCGUCGCAAUGCGCCAGCCAUGCGUUUGCCGCAAAUGACAAAGGUGAAUCGCGAUGCAGACGACUCGGACAGCGAUUCCGCCGACGAAUAUGCGCGGUGGCAGGCCAACUCGGGUCCAACGACGCCCAACAUUUCCGAAACGGCGGCUCAGCUCCGUCGCAGUCUCAGCGUCACUGGCUUGCAAGAGCUUGCUCAUACGCCCAGAAGCCAGAUCCGCAAGUCGGCCGUCAGCAAGGUGUGGAGGCCCCAGGAUGAAGUGGCUCGAAUCCCGAGCGACUGGGAGCGGCUCGCUGUGCACGUAGCAAGAGGCGGUCUCAGAGCAGGAAAUUUGGCCUUUGCAUUGAGGGCGACGCUCAUGUUGGUGCUCGAACUCGUCAAGUCGCUCCGCACGCGAAAGUUCAAGGGCAAAUCGUACGGCAUCGCCCUGUUUGGACCGCGAAACUUUCGCUUCGCAGCCAUGUUCGCCAUCUGGGCGUCGCUCUACAAAGCUACGCACAAUGCGUUGCGAUUGAUGACGCCGCCGCCGGUCAGGAAGGCGCGCUCCCGAGCGGCUUCCGCGGAUGGUCCCAUGCUCAAUUUGGCCAAGACCGAUGGCACUCGAUCGCCAGAAGAGCCUGUCAGCGGAACCUCGACACCUCGAUCGGGCAGGGCCGCCCUGGAGGGCAAGUCGCCCGAAGAGAAAGCCAAGCUGAAGGCGAAGCAGAAGCGACGUGCCUUCAUGCCGGAUCCUCGCUCCCGGAUCUGGCACGCCUACGUCGCCGGUGCGAUCUCAGCAUUGGGCGUGAUGGUCGAGACCCACGACAACCGUGUCUCUCUGGCUCAGCAGCUUUUCGUGCGAGGCUUGGAAGGCCAGUACAACGUUGCUCACGAAAGAGGCUUGAUCAACAUUCCCUACGGAGCCGUCAUCACCUUCGGUCUCGCGUGCGGUCAGAUCAUGUGGGCGUGGCUCGAAUCGCCCGAAUCGCUGCCGAAAGGCUACAGGAAUUGGAUCACGCGAGCCUCGCAGGUCGCACCACGCGUGACAGACAUCUAUCGAGACAUUCGACACGAAGACAAGGCGGUCGAUCCCGACUAUGCUCUCAAGUGGUUCCCGGGCGGCAAGAUCCCCGAGCCUAUAUCGCAGAGCCCGCUCCGCUACGCGGACGUGGCGCCCACCUCCUUGAACCGUCGAGGUAUCAAGGGCAAGAAUGUUCGCAAGAUCGUCGAAUGGAUGGACCGAGCUCGAAAGGGUAACCCGGGCGCAACGGUGGAUUGUGCACUGGUGCACCCAUGGGAGACGAGCCACUGGCGCAGCCCGAUCGACCGCUUCAUCGAGGUGACACGUUGGAUCUUGCCAGUCUACCUCACGCUGCACUUCGUCCCCGCCAUCUUCCUCCGUCCAGGCAAGUUCCUCAAGGACCCAGCGGGCGCAACGCUCCGUUCGCUCCGAGGCUCUGUGCGCUCCUCGUCGUUCCUGGGCGUAUUCGUCAUCAUCUUCCAGACGCUCUUCUGUGCGCAGCAUUCGCUGCACGGCUAUAUCCAAGCGAGCGAGAGGCUGCGACGCAUCGUGCCCGGCUGGUUCUCGCGCAUGCUCGUCAGUUCGUGGAUCAAGUGGGUGACGGGCUUCCUGACUUGCCUGUCGCUGUUCGUGGACGACUCGAGGCGACGAGCCGAGUUGGCGGCGUACGUGCUGCCCAAGGGUAUGGAGAGCGCUUGGUCGGUGCUCAGGAAGAAGUCGUACGUGCCGUUCGUGCCCGGCGGAGACCUCUUGCUCACAUCGGCAGGUAUGUCGCUGGUGAUGGGAACGUAUGCGCAGAACCCGGAACACCUCUCGGGUCUCGUGCGACGGGUCGUAUAUCAGUUUGUUGGUCGCAACUAG